AAAAGGAUUUAUAUAUAAUCCCAUCACAUUUAAAGAAAAAAUGAUAUAAUUACCCAUAUUUUUUGCACCCCUUCUUGUCUCCUUUUCUUGCUUGACUGAAGACGCCACGUUCACAACCACAGCCAAACACAAGUACAAGACUUUUUUCCCACGCGACUAACAAUAAUAUCCAAAACCCACAACCCAAACCAACAGAAACCUUCCAAUAUAUAUAAAAUUAAAAAAAAAAAAAGAAAAAGAAAAAGAAAUGGCGGUGGGCAGUACCUUCUUUCUCUCUCUAAAACCACUGUCAUCACCGGCUCUCUCCUCCUUCCCCUUCUCCUCCACAGCCACCAACUACCAACCCACUCUGACGACACAUCCCAAAGCUCAUACACAAACUUCCUCCUUUCCUAAAAUACCCUUGUCAUCUUUCAAGAAUAACAACAACACCCCAUCCCCAUCAGAAACCGGGUGCCCUGUGCCGCUGGAUCAACAGCCCAUCAACGAGUACCACUCUCUCUCCAAUUCUUUCCCCUUCUCAUGGGCGUCAGGCGACGUCGUUGAGUUCUGCUCAAGGCUUUUCGCGACGGGGGCAUGCUUUUCCCUUUUUGUGGGUCUUCCAGUUUCUUGGUUUGGGUCCGUUGGGCCCAAAUCUGAGCCCAUCGGACUCCUCCUGGCCGCUGCUUCAAGUGGGCUUAUCGUUGUCAUUCUUGCCGUUGUCAGGAUGUAUUUGGGCUGGGCUUAUGUGGGCAACCGCCUGUUAAGCGCCACUGUUGAAUAUGAAGAAACAGGAUGGUACGAUGGGCAGAUAUGGGUGAAGACUGCAGAAGUUUUGGCUCGUGAUCGACUUCUUGGUUCUUUUUCAGUGAAGCCUGUCCUAAGUAGGCUAAAGACAACGCUGGUGGUUCUCGGGACAUCAUUGUUUCUGUGCAUAGUCCUCCUCGUCAACUCCGAAACCACCCAAAAACAAGCUUAUACUAUUCCAGGAGAAGAGCCUGGAGGCAGAGCUGUCCCAGGAGUCUACAACGAUGAAUCUGCAAGAAACUUUGAGCCUGAUGCAUUCUGUGGUGAAUCAGUUGCACCACCUUAAUCAUCAUCAUCAUCAUCAUGUUGUCCCACUCAUUUUUCAUUCCCCAGUACAUACACUUAUCUUCUUGUGCAGUUUCUUACUAAUAUGUGGUCUCAUGGGUCGGAGUGGUGUGUUUGUACAUUUGUUGUGGGGGGAAAAAUUGCACUUCUGGCCCAAGAA